CUCAAUUAUGCACGUUUUGUUGUUUUAUGCUAAACAAAAUGUCAAAGGAAAAGGGACUUACAGAAAAUAAGAGGAAGAAAAAUAAAAACAAAACCAAAGUUAAAGUAUUUACGAAGAAAAAGAAUGAAAAGAAUGUUGAGGCGAACAUUAUUGAAAAAUUACAAGCUAAAUACGAAUCUAUCGAUUCGUCUACUGUCACAAAAUUCGGCGACUUUCCCUUGUCACAGAAAACACUUAGAGGCUUAAGAGAAUGUGGUUACCACAAACCGACAGAGAUUCAAAAAGAAGCUAUAGGUUUAGCUUUGCAAGGGAAAGAUAUUCUAGGAGCAGCUCAAACUGGAUCCGGCAAAACUCUGGCCUUUUUAAUCCCUAUUAUAGAAAAAUUAUACUGCAAACAAUGGACAAAAUUGGACGGAGUAGGAGCUUUAGUCAUAACACCGACUCGCGAGUUGGCUUAUCAAAUAUUUGAAACGCUACGCAAAAUCGGAGAGCACCAUGACUUUUCCGCAGGUUUGAUUAUCGGUGGAAAAGAUCUGAAAUUCGAGAGAAACCGUAUGGACCAAUGUAACAUAAUUAUCUGUACACCUGGGCGGUUACUGCAGCAUAUGGACGAAAAUCCCUUAUUUGACUGUGUUAAUAUGCAAAUACUGGUGUUGGACGAAGCGGAUAGGUGCCUUGACAUGGGUUUCGAACAAACAAUGAACGCCAUCAUUGCUAAUUUGCCUCCGAAAAGGCAAACGUUACUAUUUUCAGCCACCCAGACACGAUCUGUUAAAGAUUUGGCGAGAUUGAGCUUAAAAGACCCUUCUUACAUAAGCGUCCACGAACAUUCCGAGUUUAGCACACCCAAAGAAUUGUCCCAGAGUUACGUGGUGUGCGAGUUGCAAGAUAAGGUUUCCGUUCUCUGGAGUUUUCUACGGAAUCACACGAAUAAGAAGGUUAUUGUGUUCUUUUCGAGCUGCAAGCAGGUCAAAUAUAUCUACGAGAUUUUCUGCAAAUUGAGGCCAGGCAUCAGCCUCAUGGCGUUGUACGGAACGUUACACCAACUUCGCAGGAUGGAUAUAUACGAGACGUUCUGCAAAAAACAGUCCGCCGUACUGUUUGCGACUGAUAUAGCCGCCAGAGGUUUAGAUUUUCCGGAGGUACACUGGGUGGUGCAAGUGGACUGCCCUGAAGACGCUGCCACGUACAUUCAUAGAGUCGGUAGAACCGCCAGGUACCACCGAGGGGGAGAAAGCAUGCUAAUGCUGCUGCCUAGCGAACUAAAGAUGGUGGAUAACCUCAAACUAAGGAAAAUACCCAUAGAAAAAAUUGAGAUAAACCCGUUGAAAUUGAACAAUCCCGUGCGAAAAAUGGAGGCUUACUUGGCGAAAGACCCGACGUUGAAAGAUACGGCGCAGAGAGCUUUCGUUUCUUACGCCAAAGCGGUGUUUUUAAUGAAAGACAAGGAAAUAUUCGACGUACAAGCCCUAAACACAGACGCUUUUGCUCAUUCGUUAGGUUUAGCCAUUCCGCCGAGGAUAAGGUUCUUGCAAAGGUUAAAUGCCAGAACGGGGAACAGUAAAAAGGACAAAGACAGGGGAAAUAGUAACGUUAAGAACAACAAAACAUAUUUUAACACGGAAAGUGAGGAGGACGAAGAAAAAACAUCGAUAACCGACAAGCGAGUAUCUGACGACAGUGGCUUAAGCGAGGACGAUAAUUCGCACCGAACGCCAAACCCGGCCCCUUUCCACGUGUCAGAUAACGACAACAGCGAUGACGACGACAUGCUUAAAGUGAAACGUAAGGAUCACGAAGUCGACUUACCCACCGAGCAAGAAAUCGCCGAACUCGACCUGAGCAAGAGCAAGAAGAAAAAACCCGUGACUAAAGCGGCGGCUGCCAAGAAGAUCCUGAAGAAAAAAAUCGUGCCGAAUAAGAAGAUACUGUUCGACGAAGAGGGAGGGGUGGUCAUUCUGGGAAAGAACGAGCGGAAAUCCGAACUCGCCCAGCAGUACGAAAACGAGGUCGAGGGAGGCAUAGACAUAGAAAAGGCCAAAAUGGUGUUACGGGAAGAGGAUAAGUUCGACAAACAGAUGUUCAAGGAGAAGAUCAAGGCGAAGCAUAAGGAGGAGAAGAGGAAGUUGAAGGAGAAGAAGAAGAAAAAGAAAGAAGAAGAAGAGGUGGAGAAAGACAACUUUGGGGAGAGUGAAUCGGAGGAGGAACCGGACUUGUCGUGGUUGCCUGAUCCCGAUAAGAUUUAUGGGGAGAAGACUGAGGAGGAGGUGGAGAAGUUGUUGGAGGGCAGUGAUGAAGAUACGAAGGAAGAAGAAGGGUUGCCUGAACCUGUUGCCGUUAAAGAAAAAUCUAAGAAGAGGAAGGCCAAAGGGAAGAUCGACGACUUAAACAUGGUGUUAAAGAAGAAGAAGAAGCAUAAAAUCGAACAGAUCAGUUCCUCGUUAACCGUAAACGAGGCCGAAGAACUCGCUUUGAUGUUAUUAAAAAAUAAAUAGUGCUUAGAUUAAUUACAACUCUGUAAAUAUAUUUACAUGUGUAAACUCAUAACAUUAAAAGAAUAGAAUUGUAAAU